AUGUGUUUCACCGGAUGUCAUUCUUCUGUACGUGGCAAACAUUUCGUAUGUUUUGACUCGUGUUAAAACAGUACCUACAGUAUUUCAGUUGACGAAAAAUUUGUUAAAUUCAUAAUCAAUUUAGACAGAUUCUUGAGAAGUAUUCAGACUAGCAAGAAGACAAUGACACAAUGAAUCCAAACUAUCCCGGAAGUACUCAAGGACAGAUGCCGCCCACAGGGUAUGGAGCUCCCGGGAUGAAUCCUGGACAGAUGCGACCCCCGGGACCAGGACCAAUGAAUAACCCAGGUUAUGGUGCACCACCUAAGCCGGGACCAGGCCAGUAUGGGAUGCCACCUGCAUCCAACGGACCCCAGUAUCCAAACAUGGGCCCACCUGGGAAUGUUCCUGGUAAGCCACCAGUCAGCAUGCACAACAACAUGGCUCCUGGACUCCCUCCCCAGGCCCGGCCCUCCCCAAUGAUGCCCCCUUCAUCGUCAAGUCAGAUUUCAAAUGGGAUGAAUGCUAUGCAUAUAUCACAGCCAAGAGGACCUGCUCCAAAUCAGCCAAACAUUGGUUCCCCAGGGCAACCUCGCAUGGGUCCCCCCAGUGGGUUGCCACCAACAAGUCAAAUGGGAGGCAUGCCCAGACAACCAGCAAAUAAUAUGGGAGGUCCAAUGUCUGGUCCCCCAACAAAUCAGUUUGGAGGCCCCCCAACGAGCCAAUAUGGAGGUGCCCCACCGACAAGCCAAUAUGGAGGUGUUCCACCUACAAGUCAGUAUGGAGGUGCUCCACCUACAAGUCAAUAUGGAGGUGCCCCACCCACAAGUCAGUAUGGAGGUGCCCCACCCACAAGUCAAUAUGGAGGUGCCCCACCCACAAGUCAGUAUGGAGGUGCUCCACCUACAAGUCAAUAUGGAGGUGCCCCACCCACAAGUCAGUAUGGGGGUGCCCCAUCCACAACUCAUACAGGAGGAAUGUCUGGUCCUAUGCCAAGACAAGGAAUGCCUCCACCUACAUCUUCCAGCACUGGCAUGCCUCCUCAAAGCAGGCCAGGCUUCCCCCCUGCACCAUCCACAGGGGCCCAUCAGAGUCCUCCUUCAGGAAUGACAAUGACAGACCGAUAUGGACAGGGACCACCAAGUGGACCUCCGUCAGGGCCAAGCAUGAUGUCUCCAUCUGGUCCUGGAUCGUUUCCUCCACCACCAGGACCUGGCAACUUUCCCCAGGGGAAUCAGGCUGGACCCGGGCAGUUUCCCCCUCAACCAGGCCAAACUCCUCCAGGGCAGUUCCCCCCUCAACCAGGUCAAGCUCCCCCAGGGCAGAUGCCCCCUCAACCAGGACAGCCCCGGUAUCCCGGGGGAACAAUGCCUGGACAGUCCUUCCCGCCCAACUAUCCAGGGGGCCAGCCUAUGUCAGGCCCUGGAGGAAUGCAGCAGCCCGCUGGGCCAAAGAAGCUGGACCCUGAUCAGAUGCCCAGCCCAAUUCAAGUGAUAGAUGAUGACAGAGCCAACAGAAGUGGGAAUUUCCAAACAACCAAAGGAGCUGUGCCACCAUUGGUCACAACAGAUUUUGUGGUGCAAGAUCAAGGAAACUGUAACCCUCGUUUUAUGAGGUCCACUCUAUAUAAUGUGCCCUGUACCUCGGAUAUGAUAAAGAGUUGUCACAUACCUUUUGCACUCAGCAUUAGUCCAUUUGCCAAGCUUCCAGAAGAAGAGUACAAUCCGCCCAUUGUGAACCUCGGGGAGACAGGUCCGGUGCGGUGCAAGAGAUGCAAGGCCUACAUGAACCCCAACAUGAUGUUUAUUGAUGGUGGGCGUCGGUUCCAGUGUGUGUUCUGUGGCGCCGCCACUGACGUGCCAGCGGAGUACUUUGCCCAUUUAGACCACACAGGAAAGAGAAUUGACACGUAUGACAGACCAGAGCUUUGCCUUGGCUCGUACGAGUUUGUAGCCACAAAAGAUUAUUGUAAGAAUGGAGCAUUGCCAAAUGCGCCAGCAUUUAUUUUCAUGAUUGAUGUCUCAUACAACAGUAUAAAAAGUGGGCUUGUCCAUCUAAUAUGUGAAAGGUUAAAAGAAGAUAUCUUGGUGAAUUUGCCAAAAGAGGUUGGACAGGAAGAAUCCGAGGUCAGAGUCGGCUUUGUGACGUACGCUAAAGAGAUUCACUUCUACAAUGUCAAGGGAAACCUUGCUCAGCCUCAGAUGUUGGUUGUCUCCGACUUGAAUGAUGUGUUUGUGCCGUUACUGGACGGAUUCUUGGUAAAGCUUUCUGAAUCGGAGGCGGUCAUUGACAGCUUGUUGUCCCAGAUUCCAGAGAUGUUCGCGGAGUCGCGGGAGACGGAAACGGUGCUAGGACCAGUCAUACAGGCCGGACUGGAUGCGCUUAAGUCGGCAGACCGUAGCGGGAAGCUGUACAUAUUCCACACCUCACUGCCCAUUGCCGAGGCACCCGGAAAAUUAAAGAACAGGGACGAUAGGAAACUGCUGGGAACCGAAAAAGAAAAGACAAUUUUGACCCCCCAGAACAACUUCUACACAAAGCUUGGUCAGGAUUGUGUGGGCGUGGGAUGUAGUGUGGACUUGUUCCUGUUUCCCAAUGCCUACGUGGAUGUCGCCACGAUAUCAGAAGUGUGUAGACUGACGGGAGGAAACCUGUACAAAUACAGCUACUUUCAGGUGAAUCCUGAAGAGAGAGCUGAUCUGGAUGGGGAACGAUUCCUUGAAGACCUGAAGUACAAUGUGAUGAACCAAUCGGCUUUUGACGCUAUUUUACGUGUUCGGGCCAGCACAGGCAUCCGAGCUGUGGACUUCCUUGGUAACUUUUACAUGUCCAACACGACGGAUGUUGAAAUGGCGGCCAUAGACCGAGAGCAGUCUAUGAACGUGGAGAUUAAGCAUGAUGACAAACUAAAUGAGGCGGACGGUGCUUUUAUUCAGGUGGCGGUGCUGUACACCAGUGUCGGGGGACAGAGGAGGUUACGCAUCCACAACCUGGCCCUGAACUGCUGCACUCAGAUGGCUGACCUCUUCAGGAACACCGAACUAGAUACUCUCAUCAACUACAUGGCCAAACACGCUGUCAGGACCAGUUUGAACUCUAACCCUAAACAGGUGAGGGAGGGAAUCAUGAGUCAGGUGGCCCAGAUUCUGGCCUGUUACAGGAAGAACUGCUCCACCCCCGCCCCCAUGGGUCAGCUGAUUCUGCCCGAGUCCAUGAAGCUCCUACCACUCUACUCUAAUUGUGUCGUCAAGAGUGAUGCUCUACAGGGCGGGUCUGAAAUCUCGACAGAUGACAGAAGUUUCCUAAUGCUCAAACUUAACUCCAUGGAUGUGUCUUCAACUCAAGUGUUCUUCUAUCCCAGAUUAAUACCAAUGCAUGACUUGGAAUCCCACGGUGACCGUAUUCCUGCAGCCAUUCGGUGCUCGGUAGAGCGACUCAGGGAUAACGGAGUGUACCUCCUAGAGAACGGUCUGUCUAUGUUCUUGUGGAUCGGACACAAUGUGGAGCCUCAGUGGGUCCAGAAGGUGUUCUCAGUACAGAGUGCUGCCCAGAUAGACAUUGAUAAGUGUAAAUUGAAUGACCUUGAUAAUCCAGUAUCACAGAAAUUAAGAGACGCCAUUAAUUCAAUACGAGGCGAACGCUGUAGAUACAUGAAGUUAACAAUUGUGCGACAGAGAGACAAGCUGGAGCCUUGGUUUAACCACUUCCUUGUCGAAGACAAGGGAAAUAACGGCAGUGCAUCUUAUGUAGACUUCUUGCGUCACAUUUAUGGUGAAAUUCGGAACUUACUGAGCUAAAAUAAAACGUGCGGAGAAUGAGAUUCUGAUAAUAUAUUGAACCUGCAAUUCAUGAAGGGAGAGCUGUGAAUCGGGGGAUGCCGGAUGUGUAUAUUUUUGAUAGAUUAUGAGAUGUGUAAACUUUGGCGAACAUCUCCAGAUGUGUGAUCAAUAAGCUAUGAUUUGAUUGGCUGUGACUAAGAGCUCUGUGAUAGGAGAUAAACUGGUUCUCUAGUCAGAGCCAGUACCCACACCAUGAGCUGCCGAAAUCAUAACAAAAUCAACAAUGUUCUAAUCCAUUGCCAUUCGAGGUUACAUAACCUUAAUACAAACAUUCUGAUGCUGUAGAUUACUGAUUGAGACAUUGUCUAAAACCAUGUACAUUUCUCUCGUACACUGCAGGAGUUUUACGAACGCUUUAAACAAAAUUAUUUAUUCCUGACUUGUUUUGUUAUGCAUUAUAUUUAACCAUUAUUGAUGAUAGGUGAAUGUUGUGGAUGGGAAUUUUAUUGUCAUUGAAUUUUUAUUUCCUAAUUUAUGUCAUACUUCUUUCAUUGUUUACUCCUCUCUGUCAGAAGUGAGAGUGAAAUAGUUACAAACAGGUAGUAAAUAGGGGGCUGAGAGCAGCCGUUGUCCGCGUGUGAUGACUGAGAUUGUGAUAUUGUAUGUGUUUCUAAUCACUACUUGGCUUGAAUGAAAGGUCUAACUUGUUAUUCUAGUCCAGAGGCAGAGCUCUCCCUGUAUAGUAGGUUGUUAACACUACAGACACUGUGGAAUGAGAGCUUCACACCAUUAAAUUACAAUUGGCAAUUAAAUAUGUCGAAGAACAAA